AUGUCACAUAUGUCUGAGAGUAACUCCAUUACAUAUGAUGACACAUUCUUAUCACCUUUGGAUAACCCAAAUAUCCACACAAUUAUCCAUGAGAGACGAGAAGACAUAGAACAUGUCAUAAAUGAGAACCGUCCAAAUACAAUAUUUGAAACUCAUGUCGAACCUCCUCGUACAAUUUCAUCGUCGGGAAUUAUCGAUCAUACAAACUUUAGGCAUAGAGCUGAUCCCACCUGGCAAGUUAUCCCUGAUGCUGUCAACCAUCUACCGCUACCCGCCCAUUUUUGA